CAGAUCCUGCCCCGCCCCUGCUCCGUUGGCUGGCUCCAUUCCGGCUGGUGCCUCGGGCGGGACCACUCGGGCGGGACCAGAAGACAUGGGCACUACCUGGCGGAAUCCCGGCUGGGUGCGGUUCGCGCUUUGCCUCGCGGGCUUAGUGCUGUCUCUCUACGCUCUGCACGUAAAGGCGGCGCGCGCCCGGGACCGGGAUUACCGCGCUCUCUGCGACGUCGGCACCGCCAUCAGUUGUUCGCGCGUCUUCUCCUCCAGGUGGGGCCAGGGCUUCGGACUGGUGGAGCAGGUGCUGGGCAAGGACAGCGUCCUCAAUCAAUCCAACAGCAUAUUUGGCUGCAUCUUCUACACACUACAGCUGUUGUUAGGUUGCCUACGGGGCCGCUGGGCAUCUGUCCUGCUGGUGCUGAGUUCCCUGGUGUCUCUAGCUGGUUCUGUCUACCUGGCCUGGAUCCUCUUCUUCGUGCUUUAUGAUUUCUGCAUCGUUUGCCUCACCACCUACGCCAUCAACCUGGGCCUGAUGGUGCUCAGUUUCCGGGAGGUGCAGGGACCCCAGAGCAAGGUCAAGGAGCACUGAGCCCUCACCCCAAGCCAGGCCGACUUUAUCUGCUCUCCUUUGGCAUAUGACCCUUGCCCAAGGGGACUACAUCCAGAUCCUUAGAAGUGUCUGCAACUUGCCUCCUCCAUCCUCCCACACAGGACGAUGGACCAACCAUGCCGCACUGUCUCCUCCAUCUUAGUGUCUCUGGCUCUGUCCCCAAGGGCUGGUUCCCAAAGCUCCUGCUAUUGCUCAAGGAGGGAAGGUUCAGAGCAAUAAAAUUUCUUAAAUAAA